AUGAUGACCAAGACGCUGCUGGUCGCAGGCAGCAACUCGGGCUACCAACUGGGUCUCGGCCAUGACAGAGACGUGGGAACGCUUCAAGAGGCGAUCUGCCGCGUCGGACUCGACCCGCAGGAUGUGACGAGCUUUCCGCCCGAGGGAUACACAAUCCUCGACCUUUCAUCAGGCGGCAACCAUACGCUUGCUCUGCUCGACCGAAUCUCAGCUGAGCACGGUAGCUCGAGAACAAGGGUUGGCAAGGAGAUCUGGGUAGCUGGAACAGGAGCAGAGGGACAGCUCGAACCUGCUCACGCUGCCCUUUCCCCUUGCAGGCCGGUGCAGGUCUUCACUCGACUCGACCUCGAAGGCUGUCUGCAAUGCUGUGACGACUUGCACCGAUCAGCCUCGUCCGGAGCAUGUUGGCAGCCGAAACGGAUCGUGUGCGGUUGGAACUGCAGCUACAUUGUUCUGGAAGGUGCGCUAGCCGGCGAUGAGGGAGCAUCAAGACAGGACGUGCUCAUCUCGCUGGGCAAAUACCGACACAAUACUUUUGGCGAGCUCGGAAACGCGUCUGCAUUGGCGUUGAGUGUUGUUGAUAGAACGGUGCAUCAAGUAUCGUUCGCAGAGGCGUUGGUGGAGGCCGGCCUCGACGCUGAUGUUGCCUUCAAGAUUGUGGACGUAGCAGCAGGUAUCAGGCAUGCUGUGGCAGCCAUCAGCAUCGAGCAAGAGGCUAGCGGUCAGAGCCGUAUGCUCGUGGUUGGAUGGGGCUCGGCACGUCAGGGCCAAGUGGGACGCAUCCCGGAAGUUGCAUCACACCAGCCAGGGCCGUCGCGACGACCAGGAGGGGGUCCUCCGGCGCCAGUCGUCUCAGUCCCUCAGCUCAUCUUUGACUGGCAGGUCAGGGAUCCGCGUGUGGCUCGAUGCAGGGUGCGCGCAGGGAGGCAUCAUACGGCGGUGCUGUUCCAAGGCGAUGACAAGGUACACCUGCAUUGCAUCGGCUCCAACCAGCAAGCGCAACUGCUCGACCUUUCCAGGUCGGCGCAAGAGGGGUCAUCAACGGACGACAUCGCGGACAUGACCUGCAAUUGGAACAGCACCCUCGCGCUCAGGAACAAGCCAAGCGGAGGUGCCAUUCUCGGUUGCGGCAACAAUCUCCGAGGCCAGCUAGGCGACGGAUCCUUGAUACCCACCAACGCUGCCAAUCCGAUGGCUUCGGUCGAUCUCUCCGAGAUCUCACAACAGCUGCCGUCCGGCGCAACAGAGCUGAACAAGCUCGUAUCGGGCAGCGAGCAUUCCUUGCUCCUCGUUUCGCGGCAGUCUGGCGAGACAGCGGAUGCAGCUUUCUCGAAGGACAGCACACAAGUGUGGGGAUGGGGUUGGAAUGAACACGGCAAUCUGGCUCAGGGUCCUCAUGACGAAGCGGACCGGGGGCGACCAGUGAUUUUGCUCGACGGAUCGCGGUCCGGUGCCGCGACGCUGCCCAAUUUCUACACGCCGCUCGACGUGUGGGCAGGGUGUGGGACGAGCUUCAUUCUCGCCGAGAGGCAUCCCACAUCUUGUCACUAG